AUGUCUCACCUUGAUGAUCUUCCUUCCACUCCCGGCAAGUACAAGAGCGAUAAAGUGACGCCGUACGGGAUUCUCCACCACCACCGUUACCUCCGCCUCUCCAAGCUCACGCUCUGGGCUUCGAUCUUCCUCGCUCUGUUCCUCUUCUACAUCGUCCUCUCCCCUCCGCCUUCACCUUCUCGCCGGAAUCUCAACGACUCAUCAGUUUCCGCCGCGAAAUACGGCGGCUCUCACUGGGAGAAGCAAGUCCGGAAAUCCGCUCACCCCAGGUCUCCCGGCGGUUUAACGGUUCUAGUCACCGGAGCAGCCGGAUUCGUCGGCACUCACGUCUCGAUCGCGCUGCGGAGACGCGGCGACGGGGUUCUAGGUCUCGACAAUUUCAAUCGGUACUACGAUCCGAAGCUGAAGCGAGCGAGGCAAGCGCUUCUAGAGAGAUCAGGAGUCUUCGUCGUCGAAGGCGACAUAAACGACGCCGUAUUGCUCAGGAAGCUCUUCGACGUCGUCCUCUUCACGCACGUGAUGCACCUCGCCGCACAAGCCGGCGUCCGCUACGCGAUGCAGAACCCAGGAUCCUAUGUCAACAGCAACAUCGUCGGGUUCGUGAAUCUGCUGGAAGUCUCGAAAUCGGCGAAUCCGCAGCCGGCGAUCGUCUGGGCUUCGUCUAGCUCCGUCUACGGCCUCAAUUCGAAAGUACCUUUCUCGGAGAAAGACCGCACGGACCAUCCGGCGAGCUUAUACGCAGCGACGAAGAAAGCAGGCGAAGGAAUCGCCCACACCUACAACCACAUCUACGGCUUAUCGCUUACGGGUCUGAGGUUUUUCACCGUCUAUGGACCUUGGGGGAGACCAGACAUGGCGUAUUUCUUCUUCACGAAAGACAUUCUCAAAGGGAAGACGAUAACGGUGUUCGAGUCUCCUGAUAAAGGUAGUGUCGCUAGGGAUUUCACUUACAUUGAUGAUAUAGUGAAAGGCUGUUUAGGUGCGUUAGACACUGCUGAGAAGAGUAGUGGUAGUGGUGGGAAGAAGAAAGGUCCUGCCAUGUUUAGGAUUUACAAUUUGGGGAAUACUUCGCCUGUUCCUGUGACUAAGCUUGUCAAGAUACUGGAGAAGCUUUUGAAGAUGAAGGCUAAGAAAAAGACCAUGCCUUUGCCUAGGAACGGCGAUGUCGAGUUCACUCAUGCCAACAUCACGCUGGCGCAGGCUGAGAUCGGUUAUAAACCGGCGGUUGAUCUUGAGACCGGUUUGAAAAAGUUUGUGAAAUGGUACAUGGGGUUUUACAAGAAGAAGAGCUCUUGGUGA